AGAAAAUGGGGAGUUCCUAUUCCGAUUUUAUACCAAAACAAUGAACCGAUACUUAAUUCUGAAAUUAUUGAUUAUGUGGCAGAAAUUGUGGCUGAACAGGAAACAUUUUUAGGACAAGAUAUUAUGGAUGUUUGGUUGGAUAGUGGAUGCCAUAAAGAAAUUUCUUGCGGAGAAAAAAUAACAAUCAAAGAAAAAGUAGUGUUUUGUAAGGAAUGUUCUCAAAAAGCAACUGCUAUGUGUCAUGGUUGCUCUCUACCUAUCUUUAAGCAUGAGUUAGUUUAUGAAGUUUCAGAGGGAUGA